AUGUGGAGCAGUGCUUUUGCCCUUGCAAAAGAACUUGAUUCGGAAUAUACAGAACUUAAUGAUUAUAUGGAUGGAUUUGAACGUGAAUUAUGUGCUUGUGACCCAAUAACUACAGGAAUGCCUGCUAAAGUUCUUUUAGCCCAACAACAACAUAAUAAUAAUAUUCUUCAACAAAUUCAAAGUCAACGUCCAAUGGUUAAUAAAUUUGAAAGAAAUGUUGCUGCAUUGCGGGAACUUUGUUCUGAAAUUGAUGAACAAAAUUUAAAACAAAUUUCUGAAAAUGUUGCUGAACGUUUCGAAGAAUUAGUUCAUGCAUUUCAAGAACGUGGUGAUGUUUUAACUUCUUCAUUAGAACAUUCUGCACAUUUGGGAGACAGAUUAAAUAUGCUUUUGAGUAAUUUAAGUGCAGCAUUAGAGCAAUUACAUUCUCAAGAACCUCCCUCAUCUCGCCCACCAAUAAUCCGAAGACAGUUAGCUGAAAUGAGUGCUAUGUUUGAUUUAUUACAUCAAAGAGAACCUUCUUUCUUGGCAAUGAAAACACAGUGUUCUGAACAGAUUGAACUUGCAAAACAACAAAAUUUAAAUUCUGGACAAGAACCAUCAACUUUAGCAGAAAUGCACCAACAAAGAUUGGCUGAAUUGGAUACUAGAUGGACUGAACUUAAACAAGCGGCUGAAGGAAGGAGAUUACAACUAGAAACGAUACUUCCUUUAGCUGAACGAUUUUGGAUUCAAUUAGACCUUGCCCAACAAUCUGUUGUCCAAAUUCGUCAACACACUGAUCAAUUUGGAAUGACUGCAGCAGCCGAAGAUUUAUUCGAUAGUCCAGUAAAGCAAUUACAACAAAGACAAAAUCAACUUCAAUCUCUUCAAAAUGGAAUUUCUGAGUGUUCGCAAGGUGUUCAACAAGCACAUUUGGGUGGACUUGAAUUGUGUAAUGAAUUAUUGGGUGCUGAAGAAGAGCAAAGUUUUGUACAACAACAUUUAGCUGCAUUACAGGCACAAUGGGAUGCUUUUCUGGCACAUUUUACUCAAAUGAGUAGUUCUCUAAGUUUGGCUUCACUUCAAUUCCACUCUUUACUGCAACAAUUAACUUCAUUCUUGGCUGCAAAAGAAAAUCAAGCUUCUAAUAUUAUAACUGACAAUCCUUUAAAUUCUGUUGAUUCCGUUAGAGAACAACUUCAAAUUGUUGAUAUGUUACGAAGGGAAUUGGAUGAAGCAGCAAUUGGUCGUGAACAGUUAAACCAAAUGGGAGCUGAAUUAUGUGCUGUUAUGGCUGCUACAAAAAAUACAUCUAUGGGGGAUACAGAUGAUCCAACUCUUUCAAUUAGACAACCACUGGGCGAACUCAAUCAACGAUGGAAUGUUCUAUUAAAACGUCUUUUGGAUAGCCAACAACGUUUAGAACGUGCACUUCUUGAUAUGGGACAGUUCUCUCAAGCACAUGCUCAAUUAGUUGAUUGGAUUGAUAAAACUUUAUCAACAUUAGAUGGGGUAGAAGGAGAAUGGCGCUUAUAUUCAGAUAAUGGAACAAGUGGUUUAAAACAUAUUGAGAUUGCUUUAUGCAAAUUAAGGGUAAAUUUAUUAAUUAAAUUAUAUUCUAAAUAUUGUCUGUAUAAAACAGGCAGACUAAAAAGUCUCUCCGCAUAUGUCUUAAUACUUCAAAACGACAUUUCUGCCCAUCAACCAAGUUAUGAAGCUAUUUUAACUGCUGGAGCACAGAUUUUACGCCAAGAAGAUUCUUCUGCUGCAGCUAGCACACAGCCAAUGAUUGAACAUUUAGUCUCGAAUUGGUCAAAACUAGAUGAAAGAACACAACAAUUAUAUAAUGAAUUAGAACAAAAUAGGGCCGAAUCCACUUCAAGAAAUAAUGAUAUGGAAAAAUGGCGUUUAUGGCUGGCUGAUUUAUUAACUGAAAUGAGGACAAAUCGUCCGAUAGGAGGUCUACCUGAAACAGCGAUUGCCCAGCUUGACGAGUUUCGAGUAAUUCAAUCAGAUGUUGAACAAAGAAAGCCUCAAUUUGAAGAAUACUUGAAUUCCCUAGAAGAAUCAAUGGAAGAUUUGAAAAGAUCUGAAGUCAAGAAUGGAAAAGAAGACAGGACAAUUAGUCAAGUUAAAAAGCUUCGAGCAGAUUGGAAAACUCUUCAAGAAAAAUUAGCUGAACAAGAGAAGAAGCUACGACAAGCACUUGAAGAAGCAUUAGAGCUUUCCCAAGGGAUGCAAGAAAUGCAAGAUUGGUUACUUGAAGCAGAAAAUCAUUUGGCAAUGGUACCUCCAAUCUCAAGAUUAGUAGAAACACUCGAAACACAAUUGGGUACUCACAAAACAUUUAAUGAUUCUGUCCAAACAAAAUGUCAAUUUAUGAAAGAGCUAAAUAAUAAAGGUAUUAGAAUGCAAUUAAGCUGUGAAAAGAAGGAUGCAAUUCCUAUGAAAAAUAAAUUAGUUUCUUUAAAACAUAGAACAGACAAGCUUGCACAAAGAAGCAAUGAACGAUUACGUACAUUAACUAUUGCAUUGGAUGAUUCAAGGCUCUUUUUCGUUGCUCAACAAGAAUUAAUUGACUGGAUAGAAGAACAACUUAAAUUACUUGAUGAAAAAGAAACUGAAAAGAUGGGGACUGGUGACAGAAUAAGGGAAUUAUUAGAAGAACAUAGAAAGUUACAAGAUCAAAUAAGACGGAGAACAGGACUUUUUGAUGAAACUAGGCAAUAUAUUUGCUUUAAAUUAGCUUUAAAUUAUUUUCUAAAAUUUCUAGGUUAA